CUGAGAGCUGGAAGGAGUUGCGGGCCGCGUGCGCGGGUUCAUUUGUGGCGAAAUUGCUGAACCGUUCGCAUCUCUCUCUCUCGCGACUCGGAGUGCGCGCGCCCGCGAGGUUCUGAAAUCGAAAGUGUUUUUUUUUGGUUCCUUCUUUCUUCGGGGAAUCGAACCUGGACCGUCUGGAUUGGUAGCAGCAGGGUUGAGAUGCGGCUGCUGAGGGCUGCCCUGGUGACCCUGUUCGUCGUGGGAACCGAUGUCCUCACGGUGCCACCGGUCGUGGCCAGGUCGAUCACGGACCAGGACCGCAUCGACCCGCUCAAGUCGGAGGACUCCCUCAGCGAUUUCGUGCACCGCCCCAAGCGAAGAUUCAAACCGGAGGAGCUGGCGGCCGCCAACCAGGUGCUAGAUUCCCUGUACCUAGGCCAACGCCGGAUAGGAGUUCCGGAUCCACCGCUAGCACCCUCAACGGAACCACCUCCUCCUCCAUCCACCAAAAAGAAGUCAACGCUGCAGCAGAAGAAGAUCCAGAAGAAAAGGGGCAAACAGGCUCGACAGGCGAACGACGACGACGACCCGGAUCCGGACGAGAACGCAGUCGACGGUGGAGACGGCGAGGAUCGUCUUGUCGGUGAGAAUGGCAAGGUGACGCUGCAGAUUCCGGGCAAGUUGUUCGGGAACGCCACGAAUUUGUUCUUGGCUGCGGCCAAGCUUGUUGGAGAUUUUAUCACGAACUCCGCCAUCCGGUCAGCUCGGUUCCUGCAGCUGUUCCAGCCCGUGUUUGGUCGAACGCUGUUCAUCCAGAUCCCGACGACCACGACUGAAUCGAACGAUAUUUAAACGAGAACGGGAUUGUCGACAGUGCUGCCAGUAGUGAAAAACAUCGGUUAUAAUAUUUUAUUAAAUUAUAUAUAUUUACAUUCUUUUGAAUAGUUCUGUACAAUUCCUUUGUGGAGGAACGUGUUUUCAAUAAGUUAUCUUGACACAAAAGUUGGAAACUGACAAA